CCAAAAGGCCUGUAGGUGGCGAUAUCAAAGCAGGUAUACCAGCCAGAAGCCACAGCUGAAACGCAACAAUGGAGCUGCUUACAUUUUUUCAGUUGAAGUAGCUGAGCUGAAGCAGGAAUGUGCUAUCCUGGGACUGGAUAUUAAGGGUAAGAGAGAUCUGAUUGCCCAGCUGCAGGCGUACAUCGAUGAUGGAGGCAGCAGCACCCGAGGCAGAAGCUCCAGGAGAGGCACCUGAGACAGAGGCUCCAGAAGAGGCACCUGAGGCAGAGGAUCCAGAAGAGGCACCUGCACCUGAGGCAGAAGCUCCAAAAGAUUCACCUGCACCUGACACGUAUAUUUCCCUGAACAAGACCAAGAACACGUCGUUUGCGAUUCCCGUUACAGUUCUUUCCGUAUUUAUACCAAUUUUGUACAGUCUAGUUUUGUCCAGCAUGUGGUGCUGUAUCUGCAUUUUUUGAAGUGUUACAAACACGGUUCAUUUUCAUGUACUGUGCACUUAUUAGAUUUUUUUAAAUGCAUGUAAGCGACAUAAGUAAUUUUUGAAUAUUCAACCUUAAAAGCAUGAGAGAUUUUAUUGAUUAUUUCUUAAAGCUGUAAAAAAAUUCUUUAUUUUCCGUUAUGAUUUUUAAUAGAACCCCAUUUCAGUAUCUUUAGUGUGUGUAAUGAUUUUUAUUAUGGCACUGUGACAAGCAGUGAGCAAACUAACCUAGUAACUAUAAUAUAUUGGCUAGCCAAAUUGCGUAGCCUCCUUUGAGCUAUGUGAGACCAAGGGUGUACAGUUGUGUGCGUAAAAAAAUGGCCAGUGUAUCUGGGGUUCAACAUUCCAACCAAACAGAAGACUCAUCUCAAAGCCGUUUGAAAAAUAAAUUCAUCAACUCCCCCUGUUUUUCUGGAAAGAAAAUGUGCAACCACACUGGCCAUUUGUAGAUAAGAUUGAGGUCCCCUGAACUAAACAAUAAACAAAAGAGGGCAUCAGUGACUUUUAGAUAUUAUGUUUAUUUUUAAGCUUCUUAAGCCUAAAAGAGUAGUUUAAUGUUAAAUGUACUAAUCUUUCUGUUUAUUACUUUGUUCAGGGAGGCAACGAAUAAAGUUAUAAAAAUCAACCUUUCGGAAUCGGCUUCUGAGGUCUACAUCGAGAAAAUGAGAAAAAGAUCAGAGCGAUUUGGUAUGAGCGUCUCCCCUGUGUACAAGAAGUUUCUAGAAGAAGAAAAGCUGAAGAAGAGGAACAGAGAGAUUUGGAGUUGUGACCAGUGCCGCCUCGGUUGGAGCUUGUGAUUUAGAGAGCUACCUGUUCCAGCUGCUCCAGGGUUUAUCCUUCUGUCACUCUCACCGGGUUUUUCACCGAAACCUCAGAAUCUGCUCAUUAACGCUCAAGGAGAAAUCAAACUAGCCGACUUUGGCUUGGCCAGGGCUUUUCGGUGUGUCAGUACGCACAUACACGCACCAUCAAUUAAAUUGGUCGGAGGGCACUGUUUCCUAGAGAUUCAGAAAUUGGUCAGCUAUUCUGGAUAUUCCGAACCCUCAGCACUCCCAAUGAGUCAGUGUGGCCCGGAGUGACCUCAAUGCCUGACUACAAGCCUUCUUUCCCCAAAUGGGCACUGCAGGACCUGUCUAAAGUGGUGCCUUCUCUGGAUGACGAUGGCAGAGACCUACUCGCAGUUUUAGAAGAAGAAAAGCUGAAGAAGAAGAAAGAGAGAUUUGGAACUGUGACCAGUGCCACCUCGGUUGGAGCUGAUGAUUCAGAGGUCUACAUCGAGAAAAUGAGGAAAAGAGUGGAGCGAUUUGGUAUGAGCGUCUCCCCUGUGUACAAGAAGAUGAUCGAAGAUAUCCUAAAGACCAGCCCUGGAGGUGAAAAGAUUGCAAGUGAAUACGCUCGCACUAAAAGUCUGUCAGAUAGCCGAAGACGUGACAUGGUAAAAAUCUUGGUAGCACAUUUGACAAAUGAACAUGGAAUAAGGCCUUUGCAACACUUGAGGGAACAAUAUGCAAAGGGAAUCAUCUCUCUCUUCCCAAAUUUGGCUGACCCCAGGAGCAAACUUGGCUAUGAGCAUUAUUACAAUGCAGAAGAUGGAAGUGGAUUUUUGGCAUGGAGAAUUAAAACUCUGCAAAAAGAAGCAUCGGAGGGUCGGAAGAAACGCCAGUGGCAACCACAAACAGGAGGGCCAUCUGCUGAAAGGUAUCCCCACAAAGGAGAUAGUUUGUUAAACGAUGAACUUCACUGUCAGAAAGCAUUUGCCCUGAUGAAGCAUACAGCCGACGAGGCAGUGGUAAAGGAAAAGAUGAGGUUAACGCUGGCAUAUCGCCAGAAGCUGCUUCACGACCCUAAAGAGUCAACUGAUAUUCUAUCAAUUUUUCCCACGAUUCCAGGAUAUACCAGGCUUGAUUGAUCAAGAUUUUAGACUUCUAUUUGGUGAUGCAACCUCUGCAAAGUUGUUGGAGAAGUGGUGCACCAGCAUAAAACCAAAGGUUAUUGCCCAGAGCCAUGGCCUCACACAGACUUGUGAGCUCCAAGACCUCAUCCAAAAUGCUGAAGCCAAUGAAGUUGAAGAAGGUUGGGACAGCGACAUGUCGUCAAUUCUGAUUCUGGUUCACCUUUUGCCACCUUCAAGUCAAGGCCGCGAAACACCUGGAAAAAUCUCAGCUAUACAAGCAUGCGAUAGUCUUGUGAAAUUCAUCAAGACUGGUACAAGUAUCCAAGGGCACCUGGAUGGAAUUGGAGAAAGUCUCCAGCCGUAUCUACUUGGUGUCGGACCAAAGAAAAGUAGGAUCCAGAGUUGGUUUAUUGUAAUUGACCAACAUGCUCUACCAUGCAAAGCCUCUAAUUCACUGGCCUGUGUUGAUGAGCUUUUCAAAGCUCACUUUGUCUUUGACACCUCAUACUGUCAGCAAUUGAUCAAUGUGUAUAGCUUUCUGCAAACCACUGUUUAUGAUCUAGAUGUUGAAGUCACCGAGGUGAAUCCCAGAGUGGCUGAGUUGAGAGCUAGAAUGCUCCAGUAACCAGAUGAUUUGUUUUAUUUGUAAAAGGGGGCAUGCCGAUGGAAAUUCCCGUAUAAGGCACUAUAAGUUAGUCCAUGGCCUUUGUUCAGGGAAAAGACUUAAGUUAAAAUGUGCUCAAAGAGGUUGUUUACAUGUUUACCAUAGUUUUUCUGGAUUACGAAAGCAUCUCAGCAAAUGUUGUGCAAUUGACAGUUCAUGCCUCGAUUUUGGUGAAAGCUCAUCCACUGCCAACUCCAUUUUAAUAGGGAAUGUAGGUGAUUUACCAAACACAAAUUCAAACUGUGAGUUUGUACUCCUAAACAAAUAUAGUAGACAGUUGUGCAACAGUGGUAACUGAACUUAAAGUUGCUGGUGUCGCAGAGACAACUAUUAACUAUGUUGUUAGUGCUUUAGAAGAAGUGAUUGGAGACAUUCAUAGUGAAACUCGAGAAUCUGUGAAAAACAGCUUAUCUUUAGCGGAGCCCAAAAAAAGUAUUGUUGAGUCACAAAUUGACCAGU